AUGAUACUACAGGGCAAUAUACAUUUUGAAGAUGUCCUCGAGCGAGCGAUGUCGUUACAUUAUGCCCAUUUUCGAUACUUUCCGGUCUUCCCUGCGCGGCUGCAAUGCGAGUUCAAAGGCGUGCCUGGCGAGCGCAUGGUCUCACGAAACAAGUUCCAUAUUCUUGACCCAAAGCGUAGUUAUCGGCGUAUUACUGAGGGAAAUUGGGAACGCUCUGUCCUCCAUGGGUCGUCGUUAGCCAUGUCUAUCGUUCUUGAGAGGAGGCACCCUAAUAUUGAGAAUAUAUGCCCUCGUUGCACGACAGCAAACACGGCCAGUACGCCCCAACGGCUUCUCCGGUGUUGCUUCUGUGGGUUGUACUAUGCUCUGGGGAAUAUAUUCACAGUUGGUAAUCAUUUCCCCCCUCCUGGCAACACAAUACGGCCUCCGAUCCUCCAGGUUGUGGACCCUGACCCAGCCUUCCUGAUUUCGAAUUCUGGAGGCGGAUUCACAUUUCAGGUUCCACACCGAGUCGACAGUGAUGAAGAAGACAACGACCUAUUCAGAAGGGUGCAUGUCAAUCAUAUGAAUAUUCUAGAAUCCAUGGGUCAAAUCUCUCAGUAUGAUCACUAA